AUGUGGUCUUGGUUCGGCGGGGCCGCCGCUCAAAAGCGAAAGGAUGCGCCUAAGGAGGCCAUCCUAACGCUGCGCAAUCAGCUGGACAUGCUACAGAAGCGCGAGAGACACCUCGAGAGUCAAAUCUCAGACCAGGACGCUAUGGCCCGGAAGAACAUCAACUCAGAUAAGAAUGCGGCGAAGAACGCCCUCCGACGGAAAAAGGUCCACGAGAAGAACCUCGAGCAAACAACGGCGCAGAUCAUGCAGCUCGAGCAGCAGAUAUACUCCAUCGAAGCGGCGAACAUCAACCACGAGACUCUGUCCGCAAUGAAGCAGGCCGGUGCCGCUAUGAAGCAGAUUCACGGCAAAAUGACGCUCGAGGACGUCGACAAGACAAUGGAACAACUCCAAGAUCAGCACGCGCUCAGCGCGGAAAUCGGAAACGCCAUUACCAGCGUCCCGAUUGGCGAGCAGCCAGACGAGGCAGAACUCGAUGCCGAGUUGGAGGACUUGGAGCAGGAGGCGAUGGACGAGAGGAUGGUCAAAACGGGCUUUGUGCCUGUUGGCGAUCAGCUGGACCGGUUACCAGCUGCAGGGAAUAAAGAGCUCAAGCAACCCGCCAAGGCAGAGGAAUCCGACGAAGAAGCCGAGCUGGCCAAGCUGCGUGCAGAAAUGGCUAUGUGA